CAGCCGCAGCCCGCGAGGCCGCUGCAGCUGCUGGACGCCUCCUGGUACCUGCCCAAGCUGGGCCGCGACGCGCGCCGCGAGUUCGAGGAGCGCCACAUCCCCGGCGCUGCCUUUUUUGACAUCGACCAGUGCAGCGACCGCACGUCGCCCUACGACCACAUGCUGCCCAGCGCGGCGCACUUCGCGGAGUACGUGGGCCACCUGGGCGUGGGCGCCGACACCCACGUGGUGGUUUACGACGCCAGUGACCAGGGCAUGUACGCGGCGCCGCGGGUCUGGUGGAUGUUCCGCGCCUUCGGCCACCGCGCCGUGUCGCUGCUGGACGGUGGCCUCCGCAACUGGCUGCGCCAGGGCCUCCCGCUCAGCUCGGGCAAGAGCCGCCCGGUGUCCGCCGAGUUCCGAGCCGCACUGGACCCCGCCUUCGUCAAGACCUACGAGGACAUCAAGGAGAACAUCGAAGCCCGGCGCUUCCAGGUGGUGGACGCCCGCGCCGCUGGCCGGUUCCAGGGCAUCGAGCCCGAGCCCCGAGAUGGCAUUGAACCUGGCCACAUCCCCGGCACUGUGAAUAUCCCCUUCACAGACUUCCUGACCAAGGAGGGCCUGGAGAAGAGCCCUGAGGAGAUCCACCGCCUGUUCCAGGACAAGAAGGUGGACCUGUCCCGGCCACUGGUGGCCACUUGUGGCUCCGGCGUCACAGCCUGCCACGUGGCAUUGGGGGCCUACCUCUGUGGCAAGCCUGAUGUGGCCAUCUACGAUGGCUCCUGGGUGGAGUGGUACAUGCGUGCCCAGCCCGAGGAAGUCAUCUCCGAGGGCCGAGGGAAGACCCGCUGAGGCUGGGCAGGACAUGACACAUGAAGCUCAGGUGAUACCUAGCCACCAGCUGUGCCCAGCCUGGUGGUUCUGAUGCUGUUUUCACCAGAAGAGCGUUUCUUCCUCUAACUCAGGCGGUACAUGGGGCGACAUCCCAGAGGCCAGGAGUUCUUUUGACCGGUGGGCUCCCAGGAGAGAAGGUGGAGGUGGGCGCAGGGGAAGGGGAGCCACCCACAUGGGAGGGGCCCCACCUCCCUUCUGUUUCACUGUGGAGGAAAUAAAACAGCCAAGUACUAAAUGCUUCUUACUCUG